AUGCCAACAGGAGAAGGAGAUGUGGUUCAGAGCGUCGCACGCAUCCGCAACGAUCAAUGCCCGCAACUCAGCGACGCAUGCUACCUAGAUGCGGCAGCCGCUCCUCCGUUCCCUUCUGGGUUGGUCACAGCUGUAGCACAGGAUCUUACCGGCAAGCUUCUGUCCAACCCCCACUCCAAGUCUCCCUCGGCCAUCUCGACUGCAGACCAGAUCGCUGCUACACGCGUUCGGGUCAUGCGCGAGCUGUUCGGCAUUCACAACACACACGACUGGCACCUCAUCUUCACUUCAGGCACCACAGCUAGUCUAAAGCUUGUUGGCGAAUCUUUGGACUGGACUUCCUUCACUCAGUCGAGAACGGCCAAAUCCGGAUUCUCAUAUCUUGUCGAGAGCCACACCAGUGCUGUUGGGAUCAGAGAUUUCGCAGCACGCGCAGGCGUGUGCAGCGCGAGCGUUACUGAGGUCGACAUGGUUAGCGUGGCUCAGGAAGGAUUGGUGGUGUUACCUCUGCAAUGCAACGCGACGGGCAAGAGGUACGUCGACUCGAUGAAGCAAGUUUGUCGCUCAAAAACGGACAACGCGCUUGUAUUGGUCGAUGCUGCCUCGUAUCUGUCCUCCUCUCAACGCUUUGACCUCUCGCAAGUAUCUGCGGAUGAAACACCAGAUAUGGUCGCAUUCUCUUUCUACAAGAUUUUUGGCUACCCAACCGGUCUGGGAGGUCUACUGGUCAAGACAUCAGCAGCUCCUCAAUUGAAUCACAAAACAUAUCAGGGUGGCGGCACGGUCGACUCGAUUCUCGCCGAGUCGCAAUGGACGAAGCCGCGAAAGGACUUUGAAGCAAGGCUCGAAGAUGGCACGGUCAACAUACACGGCAUUCUCGCUGUCAACACUGCGCUCGACUUCUAUCGCAAAGCCUUCGGGCCAUGGGACCUGCGUGCUGGGUACGUCGCUGGUCUUCGUAGCAACUUGAUCCAGGCGAUGCGAAGCAUGACGCACGGCAAUGGCAAUCCAGUCAUUCGGCUCUAUCGAGGCCGCGAUGGCGGAGCCGAGUUCGGUCCGAUUGUCAACUUCAACGUUCUCACCGCCAACGGCUCCAUCGUCCCACCGCAGGAAGUGGACCGACUAGCAAGCAUCAGCAACAUUCACCUGCGCAUGGGUCGACACUGCAACCCUGGCUUUGUCACUACACAGCUCGGUGUCACAGCGGAACAGAUCAAGCAAGAGUACGCUGAUGGCGUCGGAUGCGACGAUGCGGGCGAUGCUGGCCUGGAAGGCAGUUCGAAGGCUUCGGCUUCCUUGCGCGCCAGCUUGUGUCUGCUAAAUACCGAUGAAGACGUCGAACGACUUGUUGGGUUCCUCGCGCGAUUCUUCUUGUCGUCUUCGCCUACCUCGCGUAAGGACUCAGCUUCCAAAGCUACCGUGGCAGAACGACAGUUUGAAUUGGCAAAUAUCACGGUGUACCCGAUCAAGUCGUGUUCGGGUCAAGAUCUCAAAGCCGGAGAAGAGUGGGACUUGACGCGGCACGGACUCAAGUUCGAUCGCGAAUGGAUUGUGAUGAACCUGUCGAACGGCAAGGCCCUGUCCCAGAAGCGCUUCCCAAAGAUGGCGCUUAUCCGGCCUCGGAUCGAUCUGUCCUCUCACACAAUGAUCGUAUCUAUCGCGGGCACGUCUCACUCCUUCACCUUGGACCUCGACGACGAGUCGCAGUACGUCGACAACGCAUCCGGACUCAAACAGGUAGAGAUAUGCGGGAUGGAAGUGCGUCCACGAGCUCAUCGGAACGAGCUGUUGCGAUCGAUGCUGACCGACCUGCUAGGUGUGUCGUGUACGCUGGCAAGGCAGGCAACCGACGUGAGCCGGCACUCGAAACUCGACUCGGGCAGCAAUAAGAUCCCGCUCAUCUUUAGCAAUGAGUCACCGUUCCUGCUGAUUAACUCUGCGAGCGUGGACAACGUCAGCCAGUGGAUCCACCAGGACACCACACCCAGGCAUACAUCUUCGGUCGCGGAGGAGCUGGCCUCGGAUUCGGGCUAUUCGUCCGCAUCGCCAGCUGAAGACAAGAACCGACAGCCACUGAUGCGUGCUCAAGCUGCAAGCUUUCGCGCCAACUUCUUGGUCUCACCCAUCGCUGGCGGUGCAGAGGCUGCGUUUGCAGAGGAUGGGUUCAACAGGGUCGUAUUGGGCGGCAAACACGUUUUCGGUGUACUGGGAGAGUGCAGGCGAUGCCAGAUGGUCUGUGUCGAUCAGUGCACGGGCGAGGUCAGGCCUCAGACGCUCAAGACGCUGGCGAAGCAUCGAAGGAAUGACAAGGGGCGGAUCAUUUUUGGAUCCCAUCUGGCGUGGUUGCCUGAUCUUGCGCUGGAGUCGACUGCGAGGGAUGGGAAACAGCAAGAGUCGGCGCAGGUAUGGGUCGGGAUGCAGGUCGUCACUUCCUGA